AUCACGGUGUCGGAGUAUGAUGACCUGCGGCGGGACGUGAGCGCCAUGUACAACAAGGUCACGCUGGGCCAGCUGCAGAAGAUCACCCCACAUCUGCGGUGGAAGUGGCUGCUGGACCAGAUCUUCCAGGAAGACUUCUCGGAGGACGAGGAGGUGGUGCUGCUGGCCACCGACUACAUGCGGCAGGUGUCCCAGCUCAUCCGCUCCACGCCCCACAGGAUCCUGCACAACUACCUCGUGUGGCGUGUGGUGGUGGUCCUGAGUGAGCACCUGUCCCCGCCCUUCCGCGAGGCCCUGCACGAGCUGGCCAGAGAGAUGGAGGGCAGCGACAAGCCUCAGGAGCUGGCCCGAGUCUGCCUGGGUCAGGCCAACCGCCACUUCGGCAUGGCACUUGGUGCCCUCUUCGUCCAUGAGCACUUCUCGGCUGCCAGCAAAGCCAAGGUACAGCAGCUGGUAGAAGACAUCAAGUACAUCUUGGGUCAGCGCCUGGAGGAACUGGACUGGAUGGAUGCCCAGACCAAGGCUGCUGCUCGGGCCAAGCUCCAGUACAUGAUGGUGAUGGUUGGCUACCCGGACUUCCUGCUCAAACCCGAGGCUGUGGACAAGGAGUAUGAGUUCGAGGUCCACGAGAAGACCUACUUCAAGAACAUCCUGAACAGCAUCCGCUUCAGCAUCCAGCUCUCCGUCAAGAAGAUCCGGCAGGAGGUGGACAAGUCCACGUGGCUGCUACCCCCACAAGCGCUCAACGCCUACUAUCUACCCAACAAGAACCAGAUGGUGUUCCCAGCAGGCAUCCUGCAGCCCACCCUGUAUGACCCCGAUUUCCCACAGUCUCUGAACUACGGGGGCAUCGGCACCAUCAUCGGGCAUGAGCUGACCCAUGGCUACGAUGAUUGGGGGGGCCAGUACGACCGCUCGGGGAACCUGCUGCACUGGUGGACGGAGGCCUCCUACAGCCGCUUCCUGCACAAGGCCGAGUGUAUCGUGCGCCUCUAUGACAACUUUACCGUCUACAACCAGCGGGUGAAUGGGAAGCACACGCUUGGGGAGAACAUUGCGGACAUGGGUGGCCUGAAGCUGGCCUACUACGCCUAUCAGAAGUGGGUGCGGGAGCACGGCCCAGAGCACCCGCUGCACCGGCUCAAGUACACACACAACCAGCUCUUCUUCAUCGCCUUUGCCCAGAACUGGUGCAUCAAGAGGCGGUCGCAGUCCAUCUACCUGCAGGUGCUGACCGACAAGCAUGCACCUGAGCACUAUAGGGUGCUGGGCAGUGUGUCUCAGUUUGAGGAGUUCGGCCGGGCCUUCCACUGCCCCAGGGACUCGCCCAUGAACCCUGUGCACAAGUGCUCCGUGUGGUGAGCCUGGCCGCCUGCCCGCCCCCACUGUCCUGCACGAGUCGCCUCCUGCUGGCUGCGGGCAGGCAUGUGCCCCGGCUGCCCCGCUCUGGUCCCCUGGCCCUCCCAGCCCCUCCAGCCCGGGCCCCUGGCACCCACAGUCCCUCACUUCUGGAGGGGUCUGGAGCAGGGGUGGGCUAGACUGCAGGACACGUGGCGGAGACUGAGGUCCCCAGACCCCUGGCUGGAUUGUAUAGCCCCAUCUCUGCUGCGUUCCUGCUGCUAAGCCUGGUCAAUAAAGCUGCUGUCCUGUC